UAGCGGUUCCUGCGCCGUUAAGUAGCGUAUUCUCAAGACUCAGGGCUGAACAGCGCGUGAUCAUUCUUCAACUCUCCAUCUCUCUCUAACAAGCAUAUACUUGUAUAUACAUAUAUAGCACUCACUCUCUCUCUAGAAACUCAGUCAGUUCCGUCUCUUCGACGAAUGUCUAGUGUUGUGGCGGAGAGAGACAGCGUACCGAAUAUGAAACUCUCACGCGCCGCCACGUCUUGCGAGUCACCGUCGCUGGGGCAGAUCCGGCAGUCCGACGGCGGCAUGCCAAAGGUCGCCGGCGAUGAGCAGCCGCCGCCGGAUCACCAUGUCAUCAGCAUCGAGCCUCGUCGUCUGCCCUUCGUUCUCUACUUCAGCAACCUCACCUACAGCGUCAAUGUCAGCCGGAAAAUGACGCUUCCUUCUCUCCUCCGCCGUCAGCACAGCCUCCAUGCGGCGGAGCGACCGCUGUCGGGCGAAAACGCAACCGGAACCAAAAUCCUCUUGAAUGAAAUCUCCGGCGAGGCUCGAGACGGCGAAAUCCUGGCCGUUCUCGGAGCUAGCGGGUCCGGGAAGUCGACUCUGAUCGAUGCGCUGGCGAACCGAAUGGCACAGGGAAGCUUGAAGGGGACGGUGACUCUGAACGGCGAGGCUUUGGAAUCACGAUUAAUGAAAGUUAUAUCGGCGUAUGUAAUGCAAGACGAUCUAUUGUUUCCGAUGCUCACCGUCGAAGAAACUCUUGUAUUCGCGGCUGAGUUCAGACUCCCCCGAACUCUCUCAAAAUCGAAGAAGAAAAUGCGAGUUCAUGCCCUAAUCGAUCAACUAGGGCUCCGAAAAGCCGCCAAGACCGUCAUCGGCGACGAAGGCCACCGAGGGGUCUCCGGCGGUGAACGCCGUCGAGUCUCCAUUGGAAUCGACAUAAUUCACGAUCCAAUCAUUCUCUUCCUCGACGAACCGACCUCCGGGCUCGACUCAACCAGUGCUUUCAUGGUGGUGAAGGUUUUACAGGGAAUCGCGCAGAGUGGAAGCAUCGUCAUGAUGUCGGUACACCAGCCGACCUAUCGAAUCCUCGGAUUGCUCGAUCGAUUGAUCUUGUUAUCACGUGGACAAACCGUUUUCAGUGGCUCGCCAAUGGAUUUACCAUCAUUCUUCUCUGAUUUCGGUCAUCCGAUGCCGGAGAACGAGAACAAAACAGAGUUCGCACUCGAUUUCAUCCACGAACUUGAAGGAUCGUCUGGUGGAACCAAGAGCUUAGUCGAAUUCAACAAGACCUGGCAGAGCACGAAGCGGACUCGAAAUCCCGAGACUCCAACACAAAAUUUGUCACUGAAAGAAUCCAUAACCGCAAGCGUUUCACGUGGAAAGCUCGUCUCUGGUGCAACCAACAACGAUGCUAGCUCCACCUCAAUGGUGCCUGACUUUGCAAACCCAUUCUUGUUCGAAAUUGCUGUACUAUCAAAGCGUUCGAUGACCAAUUCUAGUCGAAUGCCGGAGCUCUUCGGUGUUCAACUAGGAGCCAUCUUGGUCACCGGACUCAUCCUAGCCACCGUGUUCUGGCGGCUCGAUCAUUCGCCAAGAGGCCUACAAGAGCGAUUAGGGUUUUUCGCAUUCGCCAUGUCAACAACCUACUACACUUGUUCCGAAGCCUUGCCUGUUUUCCUUCAAGAGCGCUACAUAUUCAUGAGAGAAACAGCUCAAAAUUCUUAUCGCCGAUAUUCGUAUGUCGUCUCGCGCUCACUCACCGCAAUUCCUGCGUUGAUAUUCCUCUCUGCUGUUUUCGCCGCCAUAACGUUCUGGUCGGUUGGGCUCAGUGGUGGAGUUUCCGGGUUCUUAUUCUAUUUCCUCGUCAUCUUGGCUUCAUUCUGGGCCGGAAGCUCAUUCGUGACGUUCCUCUCCGGCGUAGUCCCUCACGUCAUGCUCGGUUACACCAUCGCUGUCGCGAUCUUAGCUUAUUUCCUUCUCUUCAGUGGAUUCUUCAUCAACCACGAUCGAAUCCCACUGUACUGGAUUUGGUUCCAUUACAUUUCACUUGUCAAAUACCCAUAUGAAGCUGUGUUACAAAACGAAUUCAAUGACCCAAACAAGUGCUUCGUGAGAGGGAUUCAAAUCUUCGACACCACGCCGCUUGUGGAAGUCCCGGUAGCAUUGAAGGUGAAACUGUUGGAGAGCAUAAGCAGUACGUUGGGGACGAACAUAUCGAGCACGACGUGCGUGACGACAGGGAUAGACAUAUUGCAGAAGCAGGGAGUCACAGAUUUGAGUAUAUGGAACUGCUUGUGGAUCACUGUUGCUUGGGGGUUCUUCUUUAGGAUUCUGUUUUAUUUCUCUUUGUUGCUGGGUAACAAGAACAAGAGGAGUUAAAAAAAAAACGGUUUAAACAGGUUUGUCGGUGUAAAAGUUUUUUUAAAAAAAAAACUUGGCGGGAGUGGGGUUUAUUGUUUUUUUUAUUAUUUUAUUUUAGUUUUUCCCAUUUUAUAAAUGGGAAUUUACUGUUGUUGAGUUUAAGUGUAAAAUUGUUAUAGACAAAAUAUAGUACUCCAAUAAUUUUAUUUUA